AAAUCAAUCUUUCGUAUGGAACUGUGCCAGUUUAAGGUCGUGGUAAUAAGAAGGUGAUUCAUAAAAGUCUGUUGAUCGCAAAACAGGCGACAUUUUGUUACGCAGGAGCGUCCCGAAACGCAUCGCUGGUGAACUGAGCUCCUGUAUAGGCCUACGGACGGGUUCCUCAGACAGUAAAGCCAAUACACUGGGAGCAAUGGCGUUUCUACUGCUGAUAUGUCUCCUCGCGGAAAUUGCAUUAAUGACUGAGGCCCGGGUUUGUAGCCUUGGCAACGAGCCUGACCCAGACCUACCAAAGGUCACGCACUGGGUCACACUUCCGGUGCGCGACCCUUGCGACUGUUCUGUCAUUGUGCCCGGCGGAUUCAACACGGUACCGGUGCUGCAAAGAGGCGGCUCGCCGUACGUGCGAACACACUACCCUAUGGUCUCAAGUGACCCGAAAGAGAUUGGAAGCCAUUUUGGUUGCGAUCCCAUACAGCAGGGGGUGCACGACGCCACCGUGGAGCCACAUGAAGCCGCCGUGACGUCACCGAACUUGCCCCACAGCGAAUGGAUUAAGCUGAUGUAUUACGACCGAUCUGACCCAAACAGCAUCGAACCAGACCACAGCGUAUUGGAUAAGUGGAAGUCGUCCCAGAUAACAGAAGUCAAAAUCUCCUUGCGAGGUAACUCGAGCGGGUUGGAUUUGUCUUUUGACGCGAGGGGUAGCAACUCGACCUCCUGGUUCACCUACGAUCGGCUGUUGAACUCCCCGUGGAAGGACUUGGAUCACAAUGCCAUCUUCCGCUUGAACUGGACGGCUAAAGGCGCGGACAUAUUAGGUAUCCACGCCGAGCUCAGGAGAAGUCAUCCCGUCGAGGGUUGGCUGUUAUGGGUCCCUUCGGGCGCGGACGAGGCCCAGAGAUGGGGGACGGGAAAACUCCCAGUUAUUGCCUUUGCCAGAACACUGAACAAGGUGCACUGGAUGGACAGAGAUGUUUUGUCCCGUGGUCGACCGUCGAUUCAGAGCUCCACCCCCGCCCCUGCACGCGGCGAGUACGGUGUGGACUCAGAGCCGAGGACGAGGGCAAGCACAGCUUACGAGUUUCAGCCGUGGUGGAUGGUCGACAUGGGAGGAACGUUCUCUCUGGAGGAGAUAGUCAUCACAGCUUGUGCACCCGGCGCAGGGAAGACCGAGUUGACUGGAGCGCAGUUCCGCGUGGGUGUCAGCCAGGCGAUAGACGAGGGAACACUGUGCGGGUCACCGGUGCGUGAGCCGGCCGGCGAGAGUACCAGCCUCACCAUCCUGUGCCCUAACAACAUGCCAUCUGCGCGGUACCUGGGCAUGAAGAUUGACGGAGAAAACGGCGUCCUGGGGUUCUGUGACAUCGUUCUCGAUGCAGAUGGGGGGCCAAGCCCGAUGUUGGUGGGACGGCCCACCUGGCAGAGCAGCGUACUGGCCCGUAACGCCUCGCUGUGCGUUGACGGUCUGGUGGGUGUACACGAAGCGGACCUUACUUGCUGCCAAACAGAUGAAGAGAGCGACUCUUGGUGGCAAGUCGACCUGGGGGAAGUCGUGACGGUGACUAUGGUAGUCAUCAGUCCUUUCCCUGAUCUCACCAAAUGGACUGACAUGGCAGGCGCGACCAUUGCGGUCGGCAACGACGACGACCCGUUCGUACUCUCGGCUGAGACGUGUGGCGGCGCCCUCGCCGUCGAGGAUCUUCAGAAACACCGCCCUCUGUUGGUGGAGUGCGUGCCAAGCGUAAAUGGCCGCUACGUUUUCAUCAGGGGCAACAACAAGCCAGUGAGCAUGUGCGAAGUUGAGGUGUUCGGCAGAGCAAAAGGUGACGUGUUCUACGCUGACACCUUAAGCAUUCACGCCCUCGUGACCGAACAAUAAUCGGCCGUCAUUCAAGAAAAGCGAGGCGCCAGACACCUCGGAGUUGCUUACGUCAUUCACUCAUGUUUAAGGCGCGUAUCGGUUCAUUAGUGACUUAUUUUUCAAUCGGGUAAACCAUUAUGUAACAUGGAUGUUGUGGUCAUGAUGAUGCAAACGUUCAGAAACUCUUCUGCACUGCAAUGCACUGUAUCUCUUAAAAUGUGACUGGUGUAAAACCGGUAACAGUUUGUUUAAUUUGAUCAAAGUAAACAUGCAAUGAUACUCCAAUGUUUGGGUUGCCUGAAGGUUGCCUGGUGUUAUGACGAAACAGCUAGUAAUAUGGCCUAUAAAUGAGUCAAUCGUAUGAGUAGUAACAAGCUAUAUCAUCCCUCCGCAAGCUAAGGAAAAGAGUUUGUUCUAAAACUCGGCAUUCUUAGUGUGCUUACACUAUGGAUAAUGUCAUAUGGACAAUGUCAGCUUUCCUUCCUUUUAGUAAUAGGCCUAUAUAGAUGUAGUAGUGGGGUGGUCCAAUGGUUACGGUGUUCGACUCGUGUGCUGUGGUACAUGGGUUCGAAUCCUGACGGGGAACAUGGAGCACUUUACAACGAUUGCCUCUCCCCACCGAGGUGAAGUCAAUGGGUACCUGCUAGGAAGAAAUUCCUUCAAUGCUUGAGCGCCAUAAUGGCAUGCAGCCGUGCUAAAGCUAGGGUAACAAUAGAGCAAUCAGGGUAAUCAAAUAACGAAUCUCACGGAAACGUUCAAUGAACUUGACUUUCAAAGCCGGAUUAGACUAGCUCACUCUUUGCCUCCUUCGGGAAUUCGUGAGCUCCUGCAAUCAACUCCAUCUAAAUGUCUAACGCACGCAGUCGUCGGGCUUUUUGUGCUCAACCUUGGCGUGCUGCAUGCGAAUGUUCCUUGUUUAUCAAUGCCGUGCGGGCUUGGACAGUGCGCGGCAAUUCAUACGAACUUGACUUCAAACCGAUUGUGGAAACGAAACAAACAUGCUCUUUCAAAUUAAUAAUGCCCUCGGAAACAUCAAAUGCGUAGCAUCCCAAACAAUGGAAAUAUUAAUUUCCUGCGAGAAAUCGUUGUGCUGGCAAAUAUUGACAAUUUUGUGGCUCUCUUUGGAACUCGGUACCGAAUCAAAUAACUUCCCUUCUACAUUCAAUCUUUCACUAUUCAAGCCAAAAGUGAAAAGAUUACAUUUCUUUCCCUGUGACUUCUGUAUCGUUCUGCAUGGUCCCUGUAAUUUGAAGCCAACACCUUGAAGUGGCCUGAUCCUUACGUUUGGGCGAUACGGAUACUGAAAAAAAAAAUUCGUACGUCCACACAGCCUUUUUUCUGCUGUCGUCGAGAAUAAGCUUUUGGCGUGUUUCUGUGGGAAACAGCAGAGAUUAUGAAGGUGUUCGGCUCGGAGAAAAAAAUACUUAUUAAAACACUGAUUUGAGGUGUAAUUCGUCGAGCACAUUAUGGGAAGUGUGCAUCUCCCAUGAUGAGAUGUCGAUAUGGCCUGGUGAAAUGACCACACAAAAUGGUGGUUAAAAUCAGCAAGCUAAAUUCCGAAACGCAUAUGCAUAAUACGUAUCCGGUGCGCAUCAUUUCCAAACGCUAACACCGUUUAACCAAUCAAAAUACAAAUUGAACAAUUGGAGACUUUUAGACGCUUGGUGGCGCCAAACACACCGGUCUUUUUCCAUUGUAUGCGUCAUUAUGAACAUGCUCACGUUUGUUUUAAGAAUGAAGCAAACAAUUCAAAAGGACCGUCAAAUUUGCCGCCACCACGCGUUUCAAAAGUCUCCCAUUACUCCCCUCCCUAAUAGAUCAUAGGUCAGGUUAGUCUAUAGACCAUUAUCAUAUUGCGGGCAUCUUGAUUUUUUUCCCAUUCAAAUCAACGUAACCAAAGCGAGGCUGGAAGGGAAAAUAGUCUGAUUCCUUUUUACACACAAAAAACAUUAUAAUUCAGUACUGUUAUUGGAUACAUACAGGGAACAUGACUGAACUGGUGGUAGCAUGUUAAAGCUCAAUGGCAUUGUACAGCAAGCGUCUUUGAUAUGCGUGCAGAUUACUCAAAACAACACUGCGUCUUGACCUCAAGAUUCUGACCAUUCAGCGGGCGCCUUCUAUCGCGGGUCUUCGGUAUGGCAGUAAAUUGACCAAUCAACAGCUUUGACCGAAUGUCUGCUUUAAAUGGCGUCUUCUGAAGGUGGCCCCGAUGUUAAUAUACUGGCGCCCGAGGUCGCGUAAACUUUACAUGCACGGAUAUACAGACUUUGGUAUAACCGUGUGGCUCUAUCUGCACACGUAGACGUACGUCUGCUCUUCAGACUAAGAGCAGGUAUAGCUGUCUAAUUCAAAACUACAGACCGUGACGCAGCAAAGGCCCCUCGCACGAGUACAUACCAGUACUCAAGGCACAACGCCUAAAUAACCGUGUUAAAAUACAGCUCCCCGGGCAUCAUGCCUGCCCUUCAAUUUCACAGAUAAUUAUGAGCUUCGAUAUUAUGAUUUUAAGAUUGAUAACAACCAUGAUGGGCAUUUUGUCUGGAAGCAUACAAUCAUUUCAUAUUCGGAAAAUGUCAAGCUAUCGCUGACAUAAUUAUUUUAAGCGUUGGAUUUGCGCCCGUGUGUUUGUGUGUCCGGUUCAAUUGCACUUUCCUAUUGUCUGCGUUAAACAUGGUUCACGAACUUAAAGAUUGUACAGUUCAUUGGAUUCAAUUAUAGUGUCUUGAGCUCAAAACGAUCGGGUAUAGGAUUGACAAGAUAGAUUGUAGAUAGUGUGCGUCUGUGCACUCUCGAGUCCUACAGCCACCAGAAAAAGAAGAAAUGAGCUCCAACAUUUCACGCUCGUCAUCACAAACGCACAUCGUUUGUUUCUAAUUAUUGUGUCAAAAUCAAAUUGCUUCAGGAUGAAACAAAAAAAACAUUGGGGCUUUUCAACAAACCAUUGCAGUUGCACGUGUCUGUGACGCACGCGGUGUGGCAAUUGCAGAGGCUCACGUGGUGUUAGUCACGUGCACAGUGGGCAGGGCCUAAAAUGGAUCGGUCUUCAGGUUGCAUCCAACACACCCAAAGACGGCUACUGCUCAAACGAUGACAUUUUUAGAACAAUUUAGAGAAAACAAACCUUGCCUAUGAGGCCAAGUAAAAAAAACAUGCUUAGCGUCCUGCCUUUUUGAAAACAGGAAGGAUGAGGCCCUUUUUUCCCUCCAAAAUGGCCGCCCGACUGGGCUAUUUUUCAAGAUGGCCGCCAGACUUAUAGGCCUAUAUAUCUGCAUCUUGACAUUCUUAUAUGAGAUUCACAUUGCCCAUAGUGUGCCAAAUGAAAAAACCACCACGCAAAAUGGUGAUUAAACAAGCGACCUUUUUUUCCGAACCACAUUCGUAUCUUGUUCGAAGUAGGAUUUUUAAUUGUCCCUUAACGGGAUUUUACAAGUAAUUAUCAUAUGACCUCAUUUGCAUGUGACCCGGACAGAGCGCAGAGUGUAUUUAUCCACUGGUGACUUAGUGCCCCAAUAAUCUUAGAAUUUUGAUACAGUGUUAUGUUCCAAGAUAUCUUUUAUUUAUUUAAUCACUUUUUGAUCGCUGCUAAAAAUGAUCAAUAUUUAGAUUGGGUAUAUUAUGAUGUACUUCAUGUAAGUUUUCGAACUGGGCGCUGUAAUAUAAGAGCCUUUUUAGAAACUGCGUGCUAUCUGCACAAGCUGUUGUGGGUCGCCAUGUUGCUUCAUCGGACUGGUCUUUCGCCGGACUUACGUCACAUUUUUGAGAUGACGGUGGAUCAUUCUCACCAUCAACUAUAUUUGUAUAAUGGGGGACAUAAUGUAGAUGCUGCGGGUGAGUCUUUGUAAGCAUAUCACAAUAUUUGAGCAAGUUUUGUUGUUGUUGUUGUUUUCUCGCUUCGUGUCACUCUUUGGUUUCACGUGACAUUCACUCGCUUGUGCCUAUUUUCGCACGUGCGACCACCAUUCAAACAUGCAUUUACAUGCGACUCAAUAACAUAUGGAGUACAGUAGUGACGAGAUCCACUUCCUGAGCGCUCAGGCAAAUAAGUUUGGUAUUUUAACUAAACAACUUUAGUGCUAUUUAAUCAGGAAAUAUUUCAGGACUGAAUUAACUAUAGGGCCUAAGAAUUACACAACCUUCAGGAAUAAUGUCUUGUUUUGAAUUGUAACUCAAUCUUUGAAAUCCAAUUAAAUCUUAGUGAUUCUUGUGA